CGGUCACGGCGCGACGCCUGACCUUUUCCCUUCCUUCUUCGUGCCUUUAAAUGUCGUUUUGAACGGCAGACUGGCGCGUACGUAACGCCAGAACGCGCGCCCGCAUUCUCAUUUUGCCGCCACCCCACAUCUAAAUUAUCAACGUUUACGCCUCUUUGCUAGGCGGCGUCAUGUUCGGAAAUGUCAAGAAGCCGGUCAAACCGGUAGUCAUCCGCAAAGUCAGCGUCGCGCGACCCACAGACCAACCCGCGCCGAGCGGAAACGUGCAGCGACGCCCUCUGCCGACCCAGACGAGCAGUUCUGCGAAGAACGGGGUCGUCAAAGUGAAAGAUGCGGUUAGAAGAGCGGGAAGCGCACCCGCCAGUGGCCUCCUCAGCGUGAAGAGGCGGCAGGAUUCAAAGACCGCAAGUCCAAGUCCCUCGCUAAGUCCUUCGCGAAGGUCGAGUGGAAGUCAUAAGAGGAAGGCCCCAGACCCAUCGGCGACGCCAGAUUUCGGUUCAAGCAGCGAGGAGGAGAGUAGCGGCGAUGAGGCCGCUGAUGGUUCGAGGAAGCGCAUGCGCCCAACGCCGCGGACUGGCACCGUUGAACCGGACAUGAAGAGAGUUGUUCUAGACGACGAUGCGCUGAAAUCAGACGGAGAGCUGCAAGAGGAAGAGAAGUCGAUUCACGGCCAUGACUUGACGGUGGGCAAGUUCAAGGAGUAUCAAAAAUACAUGUCCGCCACCGGCGAGGAUGACGGCAAGGCUGCCAUCGCUGAAUUGCAGUAUCCAAGCAAGUGUAAAAAAGAACGGUUUCAGUUGGUCUUGCCCACCGAUCCCGCCGACUACAACCCUGUCGAAGAUAUCAUCGAGAGCAUCGUGCAGAUAUGCAGAGAAUACUUUCCAGAGAAACAAGCCGAGUUUCUGACCGACGAGAUCACCGGUUACCCACGUCGCUUCCGCAAGGCCUACCGUGAGAGAUCGGGACCGCAGUUCCUCGCCGCACUUGAGGAUUUCAACGCUUUCAUCACGAAGUCCGUCAAUGACGACACGAUACCAAAUUUCUUGCGAACGAGACACAAUCUGCCUCUUUCGCUCGUUGAACGCAUACUAUCACAAGUCUACGCCCGCACAGUCUCUCCGCAGGUCAGCAUCCUUAAGCAAUACGAAAACGGCACAGAUGAUGUCUACGGCGAACUUCUUCCACGCUUCGUACACCAAAUAUUCCUCGAUACGAAUCUACGUAGCGACCAAGUCUUCGUAGACCUGGGCUCGGGCGUCGGCAACGUCGUUCUCCAAGCCGCGCUCGAAAUUGGCUGUGAGUCAUGGGGAAUCGAACGCAUGCCAAAUCCUUCUGGUCUCGCCGCCAAACAGGUUGCCGAGUUUGUACCUCGGUGCAAACGAUGGGCGCUCAAGCCAGGAAAGGCCACCGUUCUGCAGGGCGAUUUUCUUCAGUCCCUCGAAAUCGACGAGGUGCUUCGCCGCGCAGACGUCAUUUUGGUCAACAACCAGGCAUUCACACCUGCGUUGAACGGAGCUUUGACUAUGAAGUUUUUGGACCUGAAAGACGGGUGCAAGAUCGUGUCGCUCCGCAGCUUUCUGCCGGAGAACUGGCAAAUCCGGGAGAGGAACCUGCAGGACCCAAGAAACCUGCUGAUAUCGAACUUGAAAAAGGAGUACUUCAGCGGAAGCGUGAGUUGGACGGAUCAGGGGGGCAAUUAUUAUGUUGCCACAAAGGACGUGAGCAAGUUGGAGGCUUUUUCAAAGAGGCAGCAAGAGAUGCGAGAGGCUGAGAAGCAGCUAAACGGGGACCACGAGAAAUGAACUCCGGAUUUGAGGAUCGUCAAGUAUGUCAGGAAAGAGGAUCGCCAGGCCAUUAAGUUGUAUAUUCACUCUUAUUUUGGGCAAAGGCAGAUCUUUUUCUUUUUCCAUCACGAUGAACGAAAAAAAAAACAUGAACACGGGUUGGUUGGGUUUAGGUCACAGCAGGCUAGGCUUAUACCCCAUUUCUUUCUUUCUUUUUUUUCUCUGUAUUUUGGAGAUCGUUUUUAUCGAGGGUCAAGGAAAGAAAAAUGACUUGCAUAUGUCGUUCCAAGUGGCCUCGCUGGCGGACGCUAUUGCCCCGUAGACUGAUUUAACCUGAAUCGAGAAAAAAUAGAACGAAUUUUUGGCUCUUUCCC